UCUACAAUUAAAUAGGUCCUGGUCUCUUUAAGAUUUAGGUGGCGGCGUGCUUGAGGAAAUGUUUCGGAAGUGUAAACGCUAAGGUAGGAGGAAAUUAGAGCAAAGGGAUGGAGCAAUUAUCCCUUUUUGACAGCCUAUUGGUGAAUAUACAGUUCCACACAAAAUACCAAGCACACACUGACUGGUGCACUGUCGUCGUUUGACAUCCAGUAACGUUAGCGGUAAUCGUGAAAGGGUGGUUGCUGAUACAUUAGGGACCAGGGCUAGCUGUGGGUCUGGUGGUGAGACUGAGCCAUACCUCCUGCCCCGCUGAAUAGUGUGUGAGAGAGAGGCGACUGGAGGGGGAGGCAGGUGCCAUGCUCCAGGGGUGAGGCGGGAGAGAGAGAGACACACACACAGGGCUCAGGGGUGGUGGGUGAGGUUGCCAAGGAGAUGAAGUUGAAACAGCGGGUGGUGUUGCUGGUUGCUGUGCUACUCCUGUUGGGGCUGGCCAAAUUCUUUCUGCUGGAUGGAGGAGAGGGGUCCGCAGCCAGUCGACGAGACCUCCGGGCCUUCCGCAAGAUGGAGGCAGGCCUGUCUCUCUCACGCGGUGACCGGCUAACACACACCCUCCAGUCUCCAUGGGAGGUGGCAAACCAAUGGGUGGGCCCCAGGGAGGUGUACCCUGAGGAGACCCCCGAGCUGGCAGCCGUCCUCUCCGCGCUGGGCACUGCCCGAGUGGAGCGGGCAGAUGUGGGCUACAAGGGCACCCAGCUCAAAGCUCUACUAAUACUGGACGGGGGGCAGAAGGUGGUCUUCAAACCCAAGAGGUAUAGUAGAGGCUAUGUGGUAGAAGGAGAGCCUUAUGCAGGUUAUGACAGACACAACGCAGAGGUGGCAGCUUUUCACCUGGACAGGAUCCUGGGUUUCAGAAGAGCACCCCUAGUGGUCGGGAGGUUUGUCAACCUGAGGACUGAGAUCAAACCUGUCGCUACGGACCAGCUACUCAGUACCUUUCUAAUGCAGGGUAAUAAUAGUUGUUUCUAUGGGAAGUGUUACUACUGUAGAGAGAGUGAACCGGCAUGUGCGGAGGGAGAUAUGAUGGAGGGAUCGGUAACUCUCUGGCUGCCAGACGUCUGGCCUCUCCAGAAACACAGACACCCCUGGGGACGCACCUACAGGGAGGGCAAACUGGCCAGGUGGGAGUAUGAUGAGAGCUACUGUGAUGCGGUGAAGAAGAUGCCUCCGUACGACGCCGGUCCCAGACUGCUGGACGUCAUAGACACAGCCAUCUUUGAUUACCUCAUCGGCAACGCCGACCGACAUCACUACGAGAGUUUCCAAGACGAUGGAGGAGCCAGCAUGCUCAUCCUGCUGGAUAACGCCAAGAGUUUUGGGAAUGCAGCUUUGGAUGAAAGAAGCAUUCUGGCCCCUAUAUAUCAGUGUUGCAUGGUGCGUGUGUCUACGUGGAACAGGUUGAACCUGCUGAGAGCUGGGGCUCUGAGUUCAGCCCUAAGACAGGCCCUGACCUUUGACCCCAUUAACCCUGUCCUGGCCGAGCCCCACCUGGCUGCCCUGGACAGACGGCUGUCUGGUGUUAUAGCAACCAUCCAGCAGUGUGUAGAGUCGCUGGGCCCCGACAACACACUGAUAGAGGACCGCAUGAUCCUGCCACACCCCUAGAAAAGGACGGGAGGGAGGAAGGAGGAGGGAAAGGAUAACCUGUCUCGCCUCGAGGGAGAGAGGGUUCAGCCAUGGGAGGAGCUGGAUGAUCAACCCCUCCUCCUCCUCUCACGGCCCCCCAGAAAGGAACAGGAAAUGACCCCAGCAGCAGGAAGUGACUUGAUAAAGGACUGGGUGUUGAGUCCUCUACAAACUGUUCGCGUCCACGCUAGGACCAACUCCAUACCUAACUCUUUCCUGACGUCUCCGGUCACACACACACACACACACACUCUGCCAGAACCUCUCUCUCCAUCCAGUGUAAAGGAGGGAACCAAGGCCAAAGGACUCAACCCAAAGACACUCAGGAUAGUGGGGGGGUUCCAUACACCCCCCCUCCCCUCCUAUCUGGACACAAUCGCGAGAGAGAGACUGGCCAACUGACCAUGGGGGGGCAGGAGGGGGAUUUUGGGGUCAGUCUGAUUGUGACAAACAGAUGUCUGUAUCCAAAAUGGCAUCCUAUUCCCUGUAUAGUGCAAAGGCUCCAAAAGUAGUGCACUGUAUAUAGAGGGAAUUGGCUGCCAUUUCACAUCUGCUCGAUGUGAGCAGUCUGACCAGUGACUACGGAUGCUAUUCCACAUAUUGCACUAGUUCCGGCCCCUGUUUCUCAGACCCAAUUCCUGGACUAAAAGCACUUUCAGUAGAGAUUCUUUAUACAUGCCAUAAAGAGAUCAAUGGAAUGCAGACCGUGGGGGAUAGAAGAGGGACACUGUCAUUGGUGCCCAUUCAAAAAAUCUGAUCUAACAAAGUGGAUAUUCGUCAAUUCUCUCAUGAUGUACACUGAAUGUAGAAAACAUUAGGAACAUCUUCCUAAAAUUUAGUUGAACCCCCUCCCCCCUCCUUUUUGCCAUCAGAACAGCCUCAAUUCGUCAGGGCAUGGACUCUACGAGGUGUCAAGUGUUCCACAGGGAUUCUGGUUAACGCCAAUGCUUCCUACAGUUGUCAAGUUGUCUGGAUGUCCUUUGGGUGGUGGACCAUUCUUGAUAAACACGGGAAACUGUUGAAAGUGAAAACUUUACAGCGUUGCAGUUUGACACACUCAAACCGGUGCACCUGGCACCUACUACCAUACUACUACUACCACCUGGCCCCUACUACCAUACUACUACUACCACCUGGCCCCUACUACCAUACUACUACUACCACCUGGCCC